AUGGGACCCCGGCUGGCUCGUGGGGACAAGAAAUCAGUCCUAAACACCGAACUGCGGAUUCCUGGUGGUGCCAUGACAGGCUUUGGGCUCCAGCUGCUGGUGGGCGGCGGCCUGACUCCUGGGAGCCUGGAGCCCCGCAUCCCUCUGUACUUCGGCGAGAAUGACACGUCUCGGGUUGAGAAGUUUGAAUGCGAGAAUAUGGGAGCGCCCCUCGGGCAUGCUGCUCGUUACCAGGGUCGUCGGUGUGCUCCUGCUUCUCGCUCCUCCUGGACUCGAUUCUUUGAAGUGAGAAGCGUGUAUGUGUUCCAGUCAUUGAGCUCAGACCCGAUGAACAGGGGCCGAAUCAUGGACAGUCGGACGGACAGUGCACAUCCCCAGCCCGCACGUUCCCAUCUGCACUGUGUCAGACCCCCUGGUUCUGGGCCGCGGGCCCCUCACCCAGCAGCCUUCCUCUGUGCUCUUGCCCGGAGUGCCCCGGGGUGCUGGCUCCUGUCCAGCUGCCGAGACUCAGCCGCCUGGUCCAGGACACCCGAGCUCCGUGCCCGCCUGGCGCUCCGCACCGUCCUGCAGUGCCCUGGGCCCGCCCCGCUGGGAUCUGUGUGCAGAGUCACCUUUGAGUUCAACCUGAAGGUAGCCCGGAGCGGGAGCACGCCUGUCGCAUCACGCAAACGACAGCCCGUGGUCCGAACGGCUGACUCUCCUGGGGAGGGGGCACUGGCCAGGUCUCGAGAAGUCACCCAGCCGACUGACAUGGCAUCUGAGUCCGUGGGAGGGAUGAUUUUAUUUGCAACAGACAACUUUUUUGCUCCUGCUGAAACCCUCAUAAAAAACGACAGCCUGAGAUUUAAAGAGCACGAAUAUACUGAGUUUGGGAAGUGGAUGGAUGGAUGGGAGACGAGAAGGAAGAGGAUUCCAGGCCAUGACUGGUGCAUCAUCAAGCUGGGAAUAAAAGGGAUCAUCCGGGGCUUCGACGUGGAUGUUUCUUACUUCAGGGGAGGCUAUGCUCCUCGAGUCAUUCAAGCAGCAAACUUGGAAGAAGACAAGCAACCAGAAAUUCCACAGAGAGGAGUCAGGACCCGAGCUGCCGCCGCCCCUAAGGAGUCUGCAGCGAUUUCCGAGGUGCGCCUCCGAAACAAAGGGUCCAACAACUGGAAUUACUUGGUUCCCAUGGCAGAGCUUAAACCAGGAGUGCCUGCUUCCGGCCACAAUUAUUUUCCUAUCAAUUCCCAGCAGACAUGGACUCACGUAAGACUCAACAUUUUCCCAGAUCGUAGAAUCGCACGUCUCAGAGUGUACGUCACAGGACAGAGAGACUGGACCACAACUGACCCCAAAGAACCCCUGGACCUAGUGACCGCUGCUUAUGGGGGUGCCUAUGUAGGGUUCAGCGAUGCACAUUUUGGGCACGCAAAUAAUAUGAUAGAAGUUGGUGAGGCAAAGUCUAGGGCAGAUGGUUGGGAAACUGAAAGGAGGCUGGACAGGCCACCGAUAGUAGAGAAAGAUGAGAAUGGCCUUCUCCUCGUCCCGGGAUGUGAAUGGGACGUUUUCCGACUGGCACAUCCUGGUAUAACUCAAAUUGAAGUCAAGACAAAGUAUUUUAAAGGCAACUCCCCUGACAGCUGUAAGCUGGGUGGCUGCUUGCCGACUCAGGAGGAAGAAGACGUGAUCAGGCAGAAGGGGGACCUUCCUGGCCCUAAGUGGGAACCCCUUCCUCCAGUCACGAAGCCCUCCCCCAGCGAUGGCCACGCGCUCAGCAGCCUCACCCUGCAGCCCCAGGAUGUGGCCACUCACGCGGGGCUCACCAUCGCCCCCCACGGGGGCAUGAGCUGCCUCCGGCUCAGGGUCUUCCCCAGCCCCACCUGCCUCCUGCGCCCCCCGGGGAAGCCGAUGACGAGGUUCUCAGUUAAAGUGGGGUUCAGGGCCAACCUUUGA